AUGGACAUGCUCUUCACUUUGAUUUAUUUCGUAGCGUUUUCUCUUUUAGCUCUCAUCCUUCUCUUCACUUUCCUCAUAGUCACCAUCUUCGCCGGAAAAUCCAUCGGAGACCCAAAAUUCCCUCCGGUGAAAGGAACCGUCUUCAACCAGCUCUUCCACUUCAAUUCAAUCUACGACUACCACACCGAAAUCGCCAGAUCGCACCCAACUUUCCGGCUUCUUGCUCCGGGGAGAAGCAAGGUGUUCACGGCGGACUCGCGAAACGUGGAGCACGUUCUGAAAACGCGGUGGGAAACGUACCCGAAAGGGGAGCGGAAUCACCAGACUGUGGCGGAUCUUCUGGGGGAAGGUAUUUUCGCCGUGGAUUCUGAGAAAUGGAGGCAGCAGAGGAAGCUUUCGAGCUUUGAGUUCUCAACUAGGGUUCUUAGAGAUUUCAGUUGCUCUGUUUUCAGAAGGAAUGCUGCCAAAUUGGUUAGGGUCAUUUCUGAAUCUUCCAAUGCUGGUCUUGGAUUUGAUAUGCAGGAGGCGCUGAUGAGAUGCACUUUGGACUCGAUAUUCAAAGCGGGAUUUGGAGUGGAGUUGGAGUGCUUGGAGGGAACAAGCGAAGAGGGAAGCCAAUUCUUGAAGGCCUUUGAUGAUUCUAAUGCCUUCGUUUAUCGUCGUUACGUGGAUCCUUUCUGGAAGAUCAAGAGGUUUCUCAAUAUUGGAUCUGAAGCUGCUCUCAAGAACAAUGUCAAAAUAAUUGAUGAUUUUGUGAAUGGUCUUAUCAGAACCAAAAGACAACUUUUGACGUCUCAGCAAGAUACGAGUGAAAAGGAGGACAUACUCUCAAGGUUUUUGUUGAAGAGCGAGGAGCAGCCAUCAGAGAAUAAUAUGACAGAUAAAUAUCUGAGGGACAUAAUUCUGAACUUCAUGAUUGCUGGCAAAGAUACGAGUGCUAAUACCAUGUCUUGGUUCUUCUACAUGCUGUGCAAGUACCCUCUCGUGCAAGAGAAGAUUGCUCAAGAAGUGAAACAAGUUACUAAUUAUUCUUCAAGUCAUCACCAAACAAUGAGUAGUAUAGCCAAUGUGGAUGAGUUUGUGGCCAAUAUUACAGAUUCUUGCCUUGACAGAAUGCAUUAUCUUCAUGCAGCUUUGACUGAAACUUUGAGGCUAUACCCUGCUGUCCCUAUUAAUGGGAGAACAGCAGGAGCAGAUGACAUUCUUCCAGAUGGCCACAGAAUAAACAAGGGAGAUUCAAUUUACUACUUGGCCUAUGCCAUGGGCAGGAUGCCUUUUAUAUGGGGCCCCGAUGCUGACCAAUUUCGACCCGAAAGAUGGCUCGAAAACGGCACGUUUCAGCCUCAAUCUCCAUUCAAAUUUGUAGCUUUCCAUGCUGGUCCUCGUAUCUGUUUAGGGAGGGACUUCGCUUACAGACAGAUGAAAAUAGUUUCCAUGGCUCUCGUUCGAUUCUUCAGAUUUAAAUUGGAAGAUGAAACCAGAAAUGUGACUUACAAGACCAUGUUUACUCUUCAUAUUCACAACGGUCUCCCUCUCUGCGCAGUUCCCAGACAUUAUGCCUGACAAGUGAAGUUCUUAAAUGUGAUCAAAUACUGCUCAUUUUGGUCCUUAUU